AGAAAGGAAAGCUCAAAGAUGGGGGACAACAUGGAUUUCUCAGAGCAUUAUGGGAAUUUCUCAGAGAAUUAUGUCACAGAAAGUUAUGGGGAGUUUGACUUGUAUUAUGACCCCUUAAAUGAAACCUCUCUGUCAGAACAAGGGCAUCGAUCCAUAUGGGUGCUGUCCAUAGUUCUCUGCAGCAUUGCCUGUGUCCUCGGUAUCACAGGCAAUGCCUUUGUCAUCUGGAUAGCUGGAGUGAAGAUGAAGAGGACAGUCAACACUAUCUGGUUUGUAAACCUGGCUGCAGCAGACCUCCUCUGCUGUGUCUCCAUACCCUUCUCCAUAGCUGACAUCAUACUGAACUCUCACUGGCCUUAUGGAGAGGCUAUGUGUAAGAUUCUUCCGUCCAUGGUCGUACUCAACAUGUUCGCCAGUGUUUUCACACUGGUUCUCAUCAGUCUGGACCGCUUUGCCCUGGUCAUCCUGCCUGUCUGGGCCCAGAACCACCGGAGCAUCACCCUGGCCUGGCUGCUCUGUGGUCUGGUCUGGGUCCUGGGUCUGCUCCUCAGCCUCCCCUCUAUGAUCUACAGAGAAAUAGUAGUCCAUGAUGAUAUGAACAUAACACUGUGCAUCUAUAACCACCUACAAGACAAAACUGAGGGCAACCAGUCGGCAAUCAAAGCCAUCCACGUCACCAGGCUUAUACUCGGCUUCCUCAUCCCCCUACUGGUCAUCGCUGUCUGCUACCUGCUGAUCGGUAGGAGGGUGAGCAGCGGCCGCUUUAAAUCCCAGAGGGCCUUCCAGAUAAUUUUGGUUGUGGUGACGACGUUCUUUGUGUGUUGGCUGCCUUAUCAUGUCAUUGGACUGGUGAUCGAGUAUGGCAAGGAAGCCUCCCAGGUCAUGGCCAGGGCUCUAGACCCCCUGGCCAUCUCUCUGGCUUACGUCAACAGCUGUCUCAACCCUGUCCUGUAUGUGUUCAUGGGUCAGGACUUCAAGGAGAGGGUCAGGGUUUCUCUACGUAAAAUAUUUGAGAAGGUCUUCAGCGAGGAUGUGACUCUGCGUUCCUCUGUAUACUCCAAGGGACAGUCACAGCUCUCACGGGCCACCAACUCGUCUGAGGCUCAGGUCUGAGUCAGAAAUGUCUCAGACCUAAAAUGAGUAUAAUCUGAUAUAUAAAACAUUUUACAAGCAAUUAAGAAAAUAGACUUUGACAGUAACAAAAUAGGUUUUAAAGUUCAGUCCGUGCCUGAUUUGAAAUGUUACAUGGAUGGCGUUUUGUGUAAAGCUGUUGGGUUUUUGUUUGAAAUUUGUCCUAUAAACUCUCAUCUAUUACACUUAUGUUUUUCUUAUCAGUGUAGUUAUAAUGGGGUGUGGAGGAAAGAAGUACCACCACUGUAGAUUACGCUGAAGACAUACCAAAUGAAAAAAGUUUUAAACAAAAUAUACUUUAAACAAAAUAAAAAACACAUA